GUUAUUUAACACCUCCGCCACACGUCUUUCUUCUGUGUUGGUAGGUGUACAAUUUCCAACGAAGAAAAUUGGUCGAUGACUUACUUUUCUGAAAGUCCAAAGUUGAUGAAUACUGGAAUCUCCCUGCUUUGACCCUACAGGACUAUAAUUGAUGAACUAAUCAAGCAGAUAACAGAAAGCAACUCUUGAAAUUUGUCACAGAAUUUAUUCAUCUAUAUGGCUGUAUAUUUUGACAUUGUAGCUCACAAAACUUCGUGGUGCCAAAGUCAACUUUAUUUUGCAGUUUUAAUCCUUAAACUCUUGAUCUUACAUCAUUCUUUAGUAAUCAGGAUCAGUGGAAUAUCGACCUACAUUAAUCAUUGCAGUUUGUAACACUGUGGAGGUACAAUCUCGUUUUGAAUAUAUCAACAGGAGGUGCUGAUAUUACGUAUUCUGGUAGAGAAUUCUAGUAAUCCAGUACUCGGUGCGAGAGACGAAACUCCAGACGUAGACGAUUUGAUCUCGGUUUUUGAACUUUCCUUGAAUGUCCUCUCAAAUGAUCAGUCCUAGACGGAACUAAAAGAUAAGACAAAUCAACACCAAGGUUAUCGUUCAGUAUACGAUAAGCCAAUAUUAGAUCAUCCCGUAUUCUACGGUACAGAAGACAAUGCAGUCGAUAAAAAGAAGUACUCUAUUAACCGGAUUGCCAGUUUCAAAAAAUCCUCAUAUUAUUCUAACAUCACUUUACAAGCGUAUAAUCAAAGUGCUUGCUCUAAUGCCUGAAGAAUCCAGUUAUCGUAGGCACACAAACGAAAUAGUACAGUCCAGACUGAACGCUGUACAAAAAAUUUCGGAUAUUCCCACUCUUGAAUCUACCAUUGAUUGUGGUCAAAUUGAAGAAGUUAUCGUACAGGCCCAAAGAGAAUACGAUUUAGCUCGUAAUAUGCUCAAAUGGAAGCCUUGGGAACCGCUCAUUGAAGAAGCUCCUCGCGAUCAGUGGAAAUGGCCACUUUAAAUAACCUUAUUUAAUAUUUUAGUAUACAAAGUACAAUGUGUUGUAGAUAUACAUUUUAUUGUACUAC